CACAGUUCGAGUGUCCACCAACUCAAAGCGUCCAGACUCCACAUCCACAAAAGCGUCGACGGUCCACAUUCUUGCGCGUAUAAAACACCACCUACUAUCCUUCAUGGAGUACCUCACCAUUUUCCUCUUUCCCUGCUGUUCUCUGUGCUGCUUGCUUUCACUUUUGCCAGUUAAUCAUGUCAAACUCAGAAUCAACUACUGCCACGGGCGUCGAUGGAUUCGACGGCUCCAGGGCAGACACUCGUAGAUACGCCACCUUCAUUUCCUAUCAAAUUGUAGAGGGGAUGUCAUUCCUGUCUCUCGAUGAGGAGGAGGACGAUGCAAGCCUUUACACCGAUUUCGUAUCUGCAUGGGAGUUUACUGCUGAGUCCGUGGCAUGUCCUGCAAAUGCCAAGUCGAGCGACACCGUUCUAUCUGAGGCUCAGGAACUCGACAAGAAACAUCAAGAGCAUCCCGACGGAGUGACGGAGGCCCAGAGAAUCGUCCAGGAAUACCUACAACGAAGCAAGACAAUCGAGGACCAAGUAACUACAAACGUCUGCCCCAUCGACACUGUCAAAGAACUUCCCGUUACUCCCAACAACAGGGACUCGACAUACACCACCAUAACCGACGACGGUCAAUCCACAAUCGAUCUUGAGAAGCGUCCCGAGCCAGAGAUUCGUUUGCUUCAUCAUGACCCGGAAGGCAUAGCGCAGGCGCUUCAGGCAUUGGAAAUGGUUCAGGCUGGUCACUGCACUCCUGGAACCAUAAUACAUUGUUCACAUUCUGGAUGCACUGAUGUCCUUCGUGAUAUUGACGCGCUCAAACGUCAUUUGCACAUCCACAACAUUGGCGAUAUGAUCGAUGCCAUGAGUGUUUUGUCUGCGCACUCCCAAAGGACAAAGGAACCUGGACACUCUUCCACGGAGUCUUCGCCACUUAACAAAUCCUCAAGAAAGGUUCGCAAUCGGUCCAAAUCGUUCAUGAACUCGGACGCCACAUUGGGUCAGCCGUGCGACAUACACUCAAAGCGAAAGGUCCACGCGAGGGACCUUUAUUCACCCCCUCGCAGUCGAAAGCCCAGUGCCACUCAUAUUAAAUCGAAUGCAUCGACACCAAAAACACGUGGGCGACGCAGCCAUAGGAGCACCAUUCGCAGCGGACUAGAGGAAGCCGGGUAUCAUGACACCAUUGCGAUGGUCCUUUCCCGCCCUCCGUCGCCUGUACAGGACGCCCAAGAGGCUUUAGGUUUCGAUAUGAACCUGCCUGUCAACAAAAGCGGCGUACUUUCCCCUCCUAUGGUCUUCGACGAGUCUUUUCAUGCGGAUGCGUGA